AUGGGAGACGACAGGCCGUUUGUGUGCAGUGCCCCCGGCUGUGGACAGAGGUUUACAAACGAGGACCACCUGGCAGUUCAUAAACACAAGCAUGAGAUGACAUUGAAAUUCGGCCCCGCUCGCACUGACUCAGUCAUCAUAGCAGAUCAGACUCCAACCCCGACUCGGUUCUUGAAGAACUGUGAAGAAGUGGGACUCUUCAAUGAGCUGGCCAGCUCCUUUGAGCACGAGUUCAAGAAAGCUGCAGAGGAUGAGGAGAAAAAGGCAAGAGGCAAAAGCCACCGUGGCCGGAAAACUGAGCUGGGAAGUUCUGGAGCCCUGGACAUGUCCCUGCCUUCCACCCCAGACAUCAAGAUCAAGGAGGAAGAGCCAGUGGAGGUGGAUUCUUCACCACCAGACAGCCCCACGUCCAACCCACGGUCACCACAGAACAAGGAGAAGGAGGUCACCCCCAAACCUGUCAUCAUCUCCACCCCAACUCCCACCAUCGUGCGGCCGGGCUCGUUGCCGCUCCACCUGGGCUACGACCCUCUGCACCCCACCUUGCCAUCCCCAACUUCAGUCAUCACCCAGGCUCCCCCUUCCAACAGGCAGCUGGGGUCUCCUACAGGUUCCCUUCCCCUGGUGGUGCAGCUUGCCAAUGGCCAGACCAUGCCUGUCCUCCCAGGCCCUCCCGUGCAGAUGCCUUCAGUGAUCUCGCUGGCUCGACCUGUCUCCAUGGUGCCCAACAUUCCUGGGAUUCCUGGGCCACCCAUCAACAGCAGUGGGUCCAUUUCACCUUCAGGACUCCCAGUACACUCCGAAGCUAAAAUGAGGCUGAAGGCCACCUUGACGGGGUCUUCCUCCUUGAAUGGCAGCAACCUGGUGGUGGGCUCAGCCAGCACGAUGGUGACAGCCCGUCCAGAGCAGAGUCAGAUCCUGGUCCAACACCCAGAUGCCCCUUCCCCAGCUCAGCCCCAGGUGUCCCCAGCCCAGCCCACCCCCAGCACGGGGGGCAGGAGGCGCCGCACGGUGGACGAGGACCCGGACGAGCGGCGCCAGCGGUUCCUGGAGCGGAACCGCGCGGCCGCCUCGCGCUGCCGCCAGAAGCGCAAGCUCUGGGUGUCCCCUCUGGAGAAGAAAGCUGAGGAGCUCACCACCCAGAACAUCCAGCUGAGCAAUGAAGUGACGCUGCUGAGGAACGAGGUGGCUCAACUCAAGCAGCUCCUGCUGGCCCACAAGGACUGUCCUGUCACUGCACUACAGAAGAAAACACAGGGCUAUCUUG